CUAUUGUCACUGUAUGUAUAAUGUCAGUUGAACUUAAACAUGUGUAUUUUUGUGUAGAAUUAUAUGUUAAAUAUUAGCACCGUGUUUUUAUUGUAUUUGCGCAAAUUAAAUCAGGAUAUAAACAGUAUUAAUCGAUAUGCUACGGAGGCAAGCGCGAUUGCGCCGCGAAUAUUUGUACAGGAAGUCGGCAGAAGAUAAACAAAAGAGUAUUCAAGCUAAAAAAGAUCAACUAAAAAAAUGUUUAGAAGAGAAUAUUCCAAUACACGGAGACCUAAGGAAAGAAGCAAUAGCCUUACAACAAAGAUUAGAAUUUGAAGACAAAGGUCCAGAAAAAUCUGCAGUAAUUGGUGGCUUCAGCGGCGGCGGUAACACAUUAAACUCUCAAGAUGAUGAAUAUAGAUAUGCAGGUGUCGAAGAUCCUAAGAUUAUGAUUACAACAUCCAGAGAGCCUAGUGCAAGGCUUAAAAUGUUUGUCAAAGAGUUAAGACUAAUAUUUCCUAAUAGCCAACGUAUGAAUCGUGGGGGUUAUGAAAUGUCGCAACUCAUUCAUGCCUGUCGAGCUAAUGAUGUCACAGAUUUCAUAGUUGUUCAUGAACACAGAGGAGUACCUGACAGUUUGGUAAUAUGCCAUCUUCCCUAUGGCCCCACAGCAUCAUUCACAUUGUCAGGUGUGGUGAUGAGACAUGAUAUUCCAGAUAUAGGGCCCAUGAGUGAACAGUACCCACACCUUAUAUUCCAUAACUUUAAAACAGAUCUUGGUAAAAGAACAAUGAGUAUUUUAAAGUACCUAUUUCCAGUACCUAAGCCAGACUCAAAGCGAGUGAUAACUUUUGCCAAUAAUGAUGAUUACAUCUGCUUUAGACAACAUACACAUAAGAAGGCUGGUAAAGAAAUAGAGCUCUCUGAAGUAGGUCCUCGCUUCCAAAUGAAACUGUAUGAGAUAAAAUUAGGCACUUUAGAAGCCCUGGAAGCAGCUGACACCGAAUGGGCCUUGCGUCCCUACAUGAACACUGCUGCCAAACGACGAUUCCUCAGUGACGAGGACGGGUGGCAGGAGGAAGAAUGACUUCAAUAAAUUUUUUUAUGAA